CUCUCUCUCUCUCUCUCCUCUCAAUUCCCUCAAUGUUUGUAUCUCUCUCUCUCUCCUCUCAGUCCCCUCAAUGUUUGUAUCUCUCUCUCUCUCCUCUCAGUCCCCCAAUGUUUGUAUCUCUCUCUCUCUCUCCUCUCAGUCCCCCAAUGUGUGUAUCUCUCUCUCUAUCUGUCUAGGGUUACACUGUAUAUUUCCUCUGACUAUGUAUACAGCCUUCCUCUCCUCCUCCAGAUUCCUCCUCCUUCCUUGAGUUGAGCUCAGUGUCCCUCCUCCUCCUCCCUCACUAGUUCAGCUCUCGCAGUUCCCAUGCUCUCUCUGAGUUUGUUAAUAUUGAGAGCCAGCUGAGUGAGUUCCCCCUGCAGUGACAGUGUAGCCCCCAGCACUCUGUGUGGACUGACCAUGCCCACCAUGUCCUGUAAAUGCAGGGUACCAGUCACCCUUAUCCUGCUGCUGGUCUAUUUCUGCUACCUGCUGGUGGGGGCUGCUGUCUUCUGGGUUCUGGAGAGCAAGGCUGAGGUGGACCAGUCCCUCAUCUUCAAGCAGGAGAAGUGGGAACUCCUGAAGAACCACACCUGCAUGGACAAUGACACCUUGGAGCAGUUCAUCAAGGUAAGUGAGAGGAGUGUCCUUCCAUAUAACAUGGGAUACUUCAAGUAAACCACUCAUGUGUGGUCUUCAAACAUCUGGUGGGAGGAGAGCAGGACCUGCCAGGUGACAAGAAGCAGUGGCAUUGCCCUUUGUUACAUUAAUGUCACAAUAUGUUUUGUAUCCUGGGGUGGCCUGCACUGUCAUCUGUUUCAAGAUGUGACUUAUCCAGAUGAAUUGUCUACAUGAUAUCUUAUUUCUUCAAGUUCAGCUUGAGUCAAAAUGUAGUGAAGUAUGGAAUCAUAAAUAAGUAAGCAAGCAGAUACUAAAAGUUAAUGUGUGGGAUUCGUUCCAAGAGCUUCCAAUCUAGUAUCACUGCCAUAAAUUAUUAUUAUUUAUAUAGCGCCAGCAUAUUCCAUAGCGCUGUACAUUAGAGCUGUAAUUGUUGGGGACUGAUAUGGUAGUGGGCAACAUACUGGUAUAUCGUCUGGUUAGAGUAGUGGUAACAUCACAGCCUUAGAACUGGGGAUACCCAUUCAGAUCACGUAACCAGUAGGUGUCCUUGGGUAAGACACAGUACGGUAUAUAUCCACCUAUCUCAAAUCCUUAUAGCUUGUGAGCUGGAUUGAGCAGGGCCUUCUUCAUCUCCAAAUAUGCCCUUUUUAUAAUUGUAAAAUGCUGCUGCGCAAUAUGUGGCGCUAUAUGAAUAAUAGUAAUAUUUUCUCUAUAUAUAUUUCAGUCAGUUAAAUUUUAAGGGUGAUUAUGAUUUUACAUUUUCUGUGGGGUGCCUGUAAAAUGUUAUGUUAUGCUAUAAUGUAUCUGAAUGUGGGAUUUAUCCACUAAACAGUAUAUUGUGGUGAUUGGAAAGACAAAGUCCAACAAUUAGGACAAAUUAUCUGCGUUUAACUCAAUUCAGUUUAGUCAUUAUUUAAUUUAGUGAGUAAAUUGGUAUUUUCAAUUUUGUAACUGUGUUAUUGUUUUAAUGCAGCACAAUUUAAAUUUAGUAAGUGAAUCCCUAAGACACCAGCGUUAUUUUCCCCUGAUGCCCGGAGCCUACCUUAUCAGUAGUUACUAAUAUACUAUGUGAUUGUUAGGGAAAUCCUGGAACCCUCCCUUUUGUACACUUUUUUGUGCCAAAAGUCCCUAUAAAACAUGCACAUGCAGUUUUACUCAAUUAGAGGGACACCCUCAACACCUUAACCCCCUAUGGCUUAUUGCAUGUCUUAUUAUUAUAUUAUAUGACUUAUUAUACAAAUUAUUGUACGUCUUAUUAUUAUAUGACUUAAUAUACAAAUUGUAGUACAUUAUAUGACAUGGCCUAUUGUAUAGCUUUAGAAUGUCCCAUGCAAUAAACUGCACAAUAAAACGCACAACAAGCUGUACAAUAAAACGUACAAUAAGCUGUACAAUAAAACGUACAACAAGCUGUACAAUAAAACGUACAAUAAGCUGUACAAUAAAACAUACAAUAAGCUGUGCAAUAAAACGUACAACAAGCUGUACAAUAAAACGUACAAUAAGCUGUACAAUAAAACGUACAACAAGCUGUACAAUAAAACGUACAACAAGCUGUACAAUAAAACGUACAACAAGCUGUGCAAUAAAACGUACAACAAGCUGUACAAUAAAACGUACAACAAGCUGUGCAAUAAAACGUACAACAAGCUGUACAAUAAAACGUACAACAAGCUGUGCAAUAAAACGUACAACAAGCUGUACAAUAAAAUGUACAACAAGCUGUACAAUAAAACGUACAACAAGCUGUGCAAUAAAACGUACAACAAGCUGUGCAAUAAAACGUACAACAAGCUGUACAAUAAAACGUACAAUAAGCUGUGCAAUAAAACGUACAACAAGCUGUACAAUAAAACGUACAACAAGCUGUACAAUAAAACGUACAAUAAGCUGUACAAUAAAACGUACAACAAGCUGUACAAUAAAACGUACAAUAAGCUGUACAAUAAAACGUACAAUAAGCUGUACAAUAAAACGUACAACAAGCUGUACAAUAAAACGUACAACAAGCUGUGCAAUAAAACGUACAAUAAGCUGUACAAUAAAACGUACAAGCUGUACAAUAAAACGUACAACAAGCUGUGCAAUAAAACGUACAAUAAGCUGUACAAUAAAACGUACAAUAAAUAAAACGUACUGUACAAUAAAACGUACAAGAAAACAUACAAUAAGCUGUGCAAUAAAACGUACAACAAGCUGUGCAAUAAAACGUACAAUAAGCUGUACAAUAAAACGUACAAUAAGCUGUGCAAUAAAACGUACAACAAGCUGUACAAUAAAACGUACAACAAGCUGUACAAUAAAACAUACAAUAAGCUGUGCAAUAAAACGUACAAUAAGCUGUGAAAUUAAACGUACAACAAGCUGUGCAAUAAAACGUACAACAAGCUGUACAAUAAAACAUACAAUAAGCUGUACAAUAAAACGUACAAUAAGUUGUACAAUAAAACGUACAAUAAGCUGUACAAUAAAACGUACAAUAAGCUGUGAAAUUAAAUGUACAACAAGCUGUGCAAUAAAACGUACAAUAAGCUGUACAAUAAAACGUACAACAAGCUGUGCAAUAAAACGUACAAUAAGCUGUACAAUAAAACGUACAACAAGCUGUACAAUAAAACGUACAACAAGCUGUAGAAUAAAACGUACAAUAAGCUGUGAAAUUAAAUGUACAACAAGCUGUGCAAUAAAAAGUACAAUAAGCUGUACAAUAAAACGUACAACAAGCUGUACAAUAAAACAUACAAUAAGCUGUGCAAUAAAACAUACAAUAAGCUGUGAAAUUAAAUGUACAACAAGCUGCGCAAUAAAAAGUACAAUAAGCUGUACAAUAAAACGUACAACAAGCUGUACAAUAAAACAUACAAUAAGCUGUGCAAUAAAACGUACAAUAAGCUGUGAAAUUAAAUGUACAAUAAGUUGCAGCGGUUUAGGUCACUGACGUUCCUCUUUAACUGUUUCAGAUAAAUACUGGGGUCAGUUUUUCCUGGUUGCAGGAAAAAACAAUCUGCUCCUGGGUUUAAGACAAUUCAGCAAAUCCAACCAAGAAUUGUAUAAUUUACUAAUUAAAAAAAUUACCAGCUAACAGUUUUUUCCUCUCGUUUGUAUUUGUUUGUACAAAUAAUGUUUCAGAUGUACGAGAAGCCUAGGUCAGCUGAUUUCGUAUCUGUUUGUUCGAGAUGUGAGAUACUAAUGUUUGCAUUUACUUUGUGGCCCCAAUAGUAAGAGAACACUGCAACCACCAUAACCACUACUACAUGAUGUCGUGGUUAUGGUACCAGGAGUGUCAUUGCGCCUCGCCAUUGUAAACAGUUAAAUCAUUUUAGAACGAUUUAUCUUCUUACUCGUGGUCCCCAAACUGCCUUUACAGCAUCCAACAGAAACCCUGAGCUAAGCACCACGGUGCAAAGCUAGCAUGCUGGCUGAGAGUGCCAGCUGAUCACCCUCAGCCAACCACAGACAGCUUCCUGCUCCCUCUAAGAUGUAAUGGAGGCAGGGAGCGGACCCCUGGUAAGAAGUCAUACUACUCCUAAAUGGUUUGACUGCCAAAGCAUUCAAGGCACUAUGCUCUGUAGUGGUUAUAGUGCUUGGAGGGUUCCUUUAAGCCACCUCUAAUGCUACGCUUGAUCAGUGCUCUGACUAUGCUGGUGCUUUAUCGAUAAAAUAAUUAUCAGGGGAGGGUUAAGAAACUAUUGAAGAUUAUUUCAAUUAUAAUAAAUCAAUUGCAGCUUGGAGGAUAAAAUUCAAGGAUUUGUGAUCUGGCAAAAAUAACAGGAUAAAUGUAUAUCUUACCGGGACAUUACAGUUGGUCUAAUAAGGAAAUAUGAAAUAUCUAAUUUCUCCUGUUUCUAACGUUAACAUUACCAAAAUAUUACGUUUUUUCUUCUAAUAUCCCAUUACAGUCAGCUUUACUGUGCUAGAAACAUUGUUUAUAUAGCCUUGUCCAAGCACUGCUCACACAAUGUAGCUGGACUGUCUUUAAAGGAAAUGUCAUUUUUAGCAGCUUCUGCAGUGAGCCCUCCUUAGACCAGGAAUUGGCUGAUGUGCAGAUGUUUUCUCUGGAGUUCCUGACCAUAGCUCCUCAUCACUAGAUGUUUAUAGAAUAUGUAUUUCAGCAAUUUCAUUCAGCUUGCCAUAUGGCUCCAUUCAUGUUUUCACAUAGAGGGAGCUAGUUGCACGCACAGCCUGUUAGACAUUGUGAGGAUCUGUUUUCUAAGUAAGAACUGAUGUAGCCAUAGCAACGGGGUGAUCUUUGCAAUUAUAAGCAAGUGUGUGGACGUCUGGGAUAUCGUUUGCACCGUACAUUAUACAAGAGUUAUAAGCUAUUGUGGUGCCAGACGUUUCCCUUUAAGAUAAAUCUUCUACAAAAUGUAAAAUAAAUCCCCCAACUCCCAAACAGUGCUCUGUGCACCUAGUUUAGAUUAUUUAAAAUUCACAAUCAUAUAACGUGAUUAAAUCUGCACUCUGGAAAAAGUACAUUUUUUAAAUAUUAUACAAACUCUGCUUAUGCACAGUGUGUUAUACUGGGCAAAGGGUCAGAUUAAAGCCCUCUAUCUGUGUGUAAUGCACAGGGUAUAUGGCUGGAGCACUACGUUUCUUCGACACACGGGAAGGAUUCACACACGGGGAGGAUCACUCAAUCAUUCUUAGGGCCCAUCACAUUUCAGCUCAGUACAAUUUCUAUAAAACGUACAUUGAAAGUUUUACGACUUAUCAGAGCUGUUAAUUUUUUUUCUUCUGGAUAUUUUUGAUUGGUGGGAGCUUCUUCAAUGGUUUGCGUUGAUCUGAUCUGGAUAACAAUAUUUAUUAAAAGAACUUUCAUUAAGAGAAAUGAUUGUGUCUUGCAAAGGCCAUGGCUCUAUUGCCUUUAAUUGGGAACUUUAAAUUAGCAGACACACAGGGGUCUCCUCCAGGUAAACAGAGAGGGCACUUGAGUGUUGCCCAGGAAUUAAAGGAGCAGAAUUAGCAGGAAAAGGUCUGUGCCCAAAUUCAUAGUGAUGAACUGGGUUUCAGUGGGCCCACUCCCCAUGUCUGGAAUGAAAAUGGUUUGGCCCAGAUGUAGGCUGUGAAUUGUGGAGUCUUAAGAACAAACCUGGCAAAUUUUCAACUAUGCCAAUUUCAGAGACACACAUCUGAAUUCUAAGGAACCAGUUCUCCCCUCCAUUGCCUACAAUGGAGGGGAGAACUGGUUCCUUAGAAUUCAGAGGUAAGUUUCAACCCUUGAUGGUCAAUGACAUCAUAACUGGGUGCCAUUUCAACCUGGCCUUUAAUGAUUUUUUUCAAAGUGCAAUGUCCCGCUCAUGUAGUGGCGAGAGGACCAGCAAUGCUGGAUUGGUGUGAGCCAGAUAGUGAUAACAGGAUGAAAGGCCCCAGGUCCUUCAGGGGAAAACACAUUUACUGGAAAAAACUGUUUUAGAAAUUUUGUUAUAAAAAACAAACAAAUAUGUGUGCCCUGUUACCUUUAAAAUCAGCGAGCGCUUUACUUCAAUUAAUUCCCUUUUUAUUUAUUUAUUUCUUCUGUAUUUGUCUUAUUAACACAAUGAGCAAACAGAUAUUGCCUUUUCUGUCAUCCUUAAUGACUUGGUUUUAGCUGAUUGGAAUUCCCGACUCAGAGCAAACACUGCUCAACUCGCACUCCGUGACAGCUGUUUGAUGUUGUAUCUGGCAAAGUAAAGAGGAAUAUUGCCCGCUUCCUCACCCAUGCAAGGGGUUGUAGGCUGCCCAGGUGCGGGCACAUCUGACAUUAUUAACGCACACAACCAGCCGUUAUAAUGGAUGUUAACAGUGCCAGCAGCACAGCUACUCCGGACUACAACUCUUAUCAUGCUGAGCAAGAAAAAAAGGCUACGUUCCUGCUGCUAGGCACUAAAAUAAUGCUCAGCCAAAGGGUUUAUUUCUAGACUGCCACUCUCAUCACCCUCUAGACCAGGCUUCCACUACAACUUCCAUGAUUCUCAGCCUAUCUAUUUCAUUUGUAGAAUCAUGGGAGUUGUACUUCAGCAACAUCUGGAGGGCCGGAGUUUGGGGAAACCUGCACUAGACUGUAAGCUCGUUUGAGCAGGGUCCUCAACUACCUAUUGUUCUGUUACAUUUUGUUAUUGUCUUAUUUGGUAAAUUCCACUCUUAAAGCGCUACGGAAUAAGCUGGCGCUAUAUAAAUACCAAUAAUAAUAAUAUUAAUAAUCAUUCAUAGCCGGUAGGAUUGAUUUCCUAAUUUGUGUGACUUGAUCUUGUGAUUAGGCUAUCUCUGGAACUGCAACUCCCCAGCACUGGAUUAAAGUAGCACGUAAUCAAUCUCAUCCAUUAAUUCUUGCUGCCGGCAUGCUGGAGAACUAACCCUAUCAAUUGCUGCCAUGGUUUAAACGAACAGGUGCAUGUUAAGUGAAGCACCUGGAGCUUUCCUUUAAACACCCGGCUGAGAGUUGUGUUAUUGUAAUCUAAUCAGCAUCAUUCAGGCAAGAGUCUUCCAAAAGGUGACAAGCUGGCAGGAAUGGGACUAGAAGUGGUUUUAGCAGUACAUGUCUGUGUGAGUGGGUAAGUAUCUGCCAACAGUAAUCACAGCAGGAAACACCGCAAACAUUGUGACAUUUACUUGUUUAAACUAUAAUCCUACCUUGUCACACUGGAAAAGUUUAAACCUAAAUAUCCAUUGUCACUUUAUUGUUAAAUGUCACUAGGCCAGCACGCAAGACAUGUAUGGAUGGAUUGCCACAGUUAGUCACUAAACUUACAGAUGUAGCAAGCGAAAUUGAUAUUUUAAAAAUAACUCAAACUAUAGCCUAAUAAACUGUAACCGAGUUAGAGAAUGCUUCGUGAUCAGCUAUAUAAAGGUCAUCUUUCCCCUCAAAACUAUUGCAUCAAUUGUUUUGGAACAGUUGGAAAUAGAUUUUAUUUUAAUGAAGUAUAUGUAAAAAAUGAGAGAAACUCCUCCCUACAUUUAGAAUAUGACAGCAUCCUUCAGCCAUAUACAUACACUUAGGGUCGGACAGUCAAUGGUCUUCCUUGCUUCUCUCUCUGCAUAGAAACAGGGAAAACCAUAGAGACUAAGUGUUCGUUUUCAAACACUAUCUGACCCAAGGUGUAUGUAUAUGGCUGAAGGAUCCUGUCCUAUACAAAAAUGUAUGAAAUGUUUAUUUUAUUAAACAUAGUUUUGAGGUGACUGUUGUCCUUUAAGCCUUCAUUUUGUCGUUCAAUUCACUACAAUUUAUUUUUGCUCGGUCUGAGGACCCUGGGCGUCCCCCGGAUAAGGUAAGUACCGCCACAGUUUCAGAAUGUCCUUACUGUGUUCUACAGUCUGAACCGACCAAUACAGCUAGUCUGGGCUGGCAAGAGGGAAGUUAACCCUUAAGUCGCUCCAUCCUGAUUAGGUCCUACAGGUUCCAAAGAUUCUCGUGCGUCGUUAUGGCCGCUUGUAUAGACUGUGACCCAAUCCUGUGCAUCACUACUCUUUAAACAGAGGACACGGAGAGCUUUACACUUUCCCUUUUUGAAAACAAAAACUUCAUCAAGAGACGUCUAUAGACUUAGUCUUGUAGAGUAGACCAGAUAAAGACUGCAGAUGGAGAUUAUUUCACGGUGUAAUACCCCAACACACAGAAUUUAGAUAGGAGAUAACGUAUUACCGGCCCGUAGAAUGGCUGCACUAAACGUUAGACAGAGAAAAAGUGUAAUCAGAGACGAGACGAGGUCAAGGCAAUGGAGAGACAGCGAAAACAAGAACUAGCCAGAGCCAGCUACACAGUAAUCAGUCAGACAGGCAAACAAGACAGGAAAUGGUUAGAGAUAAAUUCAGAGUCAGAUACAAAGCCAAGGUCAAUAUCAGAAUAAAGAGAUCAAGGAAUGUACUGAAACAGAAACCACGAUAGGGCAAAGUGGAUAGGGCUAUGGAAGUUUAAAUAUCCUUAACUAACAUUUGUUUGGCUCACGUCAUGCCCACGCCCCCAAAAAAUGUGUGUGUGGGGGCGUCGGAAUGAUGUGAGCCAAUGGGAGCCUGAAUCUACUUUUGGCUCCCACUGCCCCUUUAAGAGCGCGCUCCUAGUACCAGGGGGGUUGCGUGACCGCUCAUUGUGGUCAGUGCACGUGGCCUGCUCAGAAGGGGAGAUUAAGCCACGCGCCCCCCGGUAAGGUAAGUACCGCCAUAGUUUCAGAAUGUCCUUACUGUGUUCUACAUGAGGAGAAGGCCUUGUGUGGUGUCCUGUAUCUACAUGUGCUGUGACCCACACUGGAGCUGGGGCCUUUGCUGGGGUCUUCUAUAACUGCUCAUACUAAGUAUCCAGGGCGCUAGAUGUUCCAGAUGUUCUGGGCAAAUCAGCUGCUUCCACCAGGUGAAGACAAAGCUUUAUCUCGAAAUUUCCCAAACUCCUUUCCUGUUGCUGUACUCUUCCAUGGGGAACACUGCUGUUCAUGACAAUAUUAAGAGUUCUAGUAUUUAAAGCAGUGAUAAUGAACCUCAGAUCAGGAUCCUAUAUCUGUCCUUCUCAUUAUUUUACUGGGUCACCAAAGAUAGCAAAGGAAACAUCAUAUUUAUCAGGCAACUGCCCAGAAUAUAUCUACAGAUGCAGUGCUGUCUACCUGGGGUCCAUGAGGGCCUCUGAGACCCUGGGGAGAGUUUAAUGAAGGUGAAAUAACUUUACUAUCUGAUACGCUGCAAUUAAAGUGGGCCACUGAGUCACUAAGCUAAUUUUAACAUUGAGGAAUGUAUCACCCAUAAUACAUGUUACUAUGUAUAUAAAGAUUUACAACUUUGAAAAACUGAAUUGAAAAACAACCUUUGAGUUUCAAAAGGAAUGGGUCACCAAGUUCAUGCUGUGUUCAUAACUUGGAUCCAGGUGAAAAGACCUAACAUGCACCCCUGCUUCACUUCACGGGACAUCACAUUAUUCUCUCUCCCCUUCUGUGACUCUUGCCUUGUUCCUGUCAUUAGGUGUGCUAUUGGCAUAAUGGGUGAGGUUCACCUUCUAGGACUACCCUGUCCGUAUCAUGUUUGAAUAAGCAAGCUCCGUGUUACAUUUUUAGUAAACACUGUUUACAUAGUGUAAGCCUUGUUUUGUUAGCUGGUGACACAGUGACACAGUGACACAGUGACACAUUGUAUUGCUAUGAGGAGUGUUUUGUCUCUUAUGGUAACAUUUCACACGUAUCGUCAUUUUCUCUGCAUUGCAAACAGGAUAGUCCAUCAUUGUGAUGACAUAAAACAAUAUCACGAAGCAGAGAAUCUGGGUUCCAUGAACGUCACUGAUUGCCACAGAAUAAAUUACAUUAAGUUAGCUGCUCACUCCUUGAAUGGCUCCUGGACCUCUACUCACAUGGCCUGGAGCAAAGGUCACACAUCUUGCCACACAUCAGACCUACUAGCCCUUUCACCAUACUGGCAUUGCCAGGAGAAGGAAGGGUUAAUUAACUUGGUCCAUCAUAUGGUAGAAGAUAUGUGCCCUGUAUGUGUUUGCAUGUAAGGGGAGCAUCUUCCCCAUUUUGUGUAAAAACACUGAAGUGAUUUGAUGAAAGGUAGUGUUUUCCUGGCACCUACAGCUCUACAUAGAUGAAUAAAAGAUUUGGAGAUAAAACCAUGAGUAUUACGCUGGAACACAGACUUUGGGGUUAAACCGUUCGAGAAUGAUUUAAUCCCUUAGCACAAGGGAUAUCCCGGUACCAUAACAACUUAAUUUCAAUGAUGCUUUUAUGGUGUCUGGAGUGUUCUUUUAAGGCCAGAGUAGCCAAACUGAAAGCAUAACUGGCUUAGAGAAUUUGUCAAGUUUGGCUAUAUUCACCUUAAAUUUAAAAUUCACUCUUUGAAAAUAACCCUGUGUGACACUAUCACCCUCUCACACCGAAUGUGUGGACUUUGUUGUAACAAUUGUUGCAAUUGUUAGCGAUAAAUAAUAAUGAUUAUUAUCCCCUGUGAAUGAAUGGGCUGUUUACUCAAUGUUUAGUGAUAUAUCUGGAUUUGUUUCAUCAGACCAUGUGAGACCAUGUGGGUCUGUGUGUAAUUGUUUAUGUUGUGAAAAUACUGCGUUAUUCAUUGAUUGACAAACACUGUUGUAAGUGGAAAUGUCCUUUCAGAUAACACAAUGAUUUUACACAUUUGCUUUACUCAUAUAUUUAAUGGAUUAUUCCUAAAGUACCGAAUAAGAAGUUUUGCACUAAUCAGAUAAUUUUUUUUAAAUUAACAUUAAUAUCCCCCUCUUAUUGAGUAUGACAGGAGUAUUCAGAAGUGCUGGAUUUAACCCUGCAAUGUAAACAUUGCUGUUUUUAAAUAAGGACAGGACAUUCAACCAGGCCACUUUUGGAUGAAGUGGCCUCUGUGAUUUUAGCGGUCCUUUAAUUGUGGUAAUCUACCCUGCAUGAAGCUUGGGUUAGAAGUCGUACAUCUUAAAGCCACCAAGAGCUUGUGGAAUGACUAAUAUUCUGUACUAAGAUCCUUAGAACUGACAGUAAGUAAACACCUAUGUGAAAUUCCUACUUGAGUCAAAGACCUGGGAUUUAGCCAGCUGACUUCUGACCAUGGGCCACCACGACAUUGUUCUCUAAAUUAUUGUUGACUAGUAUCAAUGACCCUAAUAAAAUUUAUUGGCAAAACAAGUGAUGAUAAUGAGGUUAAGGUGCGAUAGAUAUCUCUUCUGAAUACUCUAAUAUUAAACCAUAAAAAAUAAUACCAGCAAAUCUGGAUAAACAAAAAGGAAAAAGCACCGGGCUUGUGAAAUCUGCACUCAUUUCCUGAAAUGAUUUAUAAUUCUCAGAACAUUAGAAGUGUUUAUUAUUUAAUGAUGUCUGGUGAUUCUCCUACACUUUUCUUCCCAUUUGAUUGGAGCAGCUACAUUGUUUCAGAUAAAUAGAUCAAAUAACCAAAACAUCCGAAAAAUUGAGGACCAUUGUCUUAUUUUAAGACCCCGUGUCACCCUUUCUCCAUGUGAUAAGGGAUUUAUUGCUGCGUUAGUACGGAUGUUACCAUGGCCCAGCUACUAGGGUGUAAUAUCUCCAGCCUGGGGGACCCAGCACUGAGGGGAUUCCAAUCAGUAGAUGGAAAUGCGUUACUACAAACUGUAAAGCCAUAAUUCUGGUGCAUUCACUGUGUUCAUUGACCAUAGCUAUGUUUUCUAUUCACAUAUUAUCCCGUCAGUGUAGGCUCUGUGGCUAUGUCACUUCUAAAUCCUGCUAAAUUUUCAGGCUGGACAAAAGUGGUAAGUGGUGUCCCUCAGGGUUCUGUUUUGGGACCACUUCUAUUUAACAUAUUUAUAAAUGAUCUUGAAAUAGGCAUUGAAAGCCACGUAUCAGUGUUUGCAGAUGACACAAAACUUUGUAAAGUAAUAAAAUGUGAGCAGGAUAUUGCUUUGUUGCAGAGAGAUUUGGAUAGAUUGGGGGACUGGGCACUAAAAUGGCAGAUGAAAUUUAACAUAGAGAAAUGCAAAGUUAUGCACUUCGGGGUUAAGAAUGCACAAGCAACUUACACACUAAAUGGUAGUGAAUUAGGGAUAACCACACACGAGAAGGAUUUGGGCAUUGUUAUAGACAACAAAUUAGGCAGCAAUAUGCAAUGUCAAUCUGCAGUUGCUAAGGCCAGUAAGAUUUUGUCAUGUAUAAAUAGGGGCAUAAAUUCUCGGGAUGAAAAUAUAAUUUUGCUUCUUUAUAAAUCGCUGGUAAGACCACACCUUGAAUAUGCUGUGCAAUUUUGGGCGCCUGUUCUAAAGAAGGAUAUCAUGGCACUGGAGAGGGUCCAGAGACGAGCUACAAAAUUGAUAAAAGGAAUGGAGCAUUUUAGUUAUGAAGAAAGGUUACAAAAAUUAAAUCUGUUUCGUUUGGAAAAACGGCGCCUGAGAGGGGAUAUGAUAACUUUAUACAAAUAUAUUCGGGGCCAGUACAAACCUUUAUCUGGAAAUCUAUUCAUAAACAGGGUUAUACAUAGGACACGAGGUCACACAUUUAGGCUGGAAGAAAGGAGAUUUCAUCUAAGGCAAAGAAAAGGUUUUUUUACAGUAAGAACAAUAAGGAUAUGGAAUUCUCUGCCUGAAGAGGUGGUUUUGUCAGAGUCCAUACAGAUGUUUAAACUGAAAUUGGAUAAAUACUUACAAAAACAUAACAAACAGGGAUAUAAUUUCUAAUUAGUGGAGUAAUAGCUGAUUGAUCCAAGCAGACAUCUGACUGCUAUUUUGGGGUCAAGAAGGAAUUUUUUCCUAAUUUGUGGCAAAAUUGGAAGCGCUUCAGACCAGGUUUUUUGUCUUCUUUUGGAUCAACAGCAACAACAUUUCUGAGGAAGGCUGAACUUGAUGGACGCAAGUCUCUUUUCAGCUAUGUAACUAUGUAACUAUGUAGCUACUGUAGUGUAAUAUUGCUGCUAAUCUUCUAGUAUCAAUAUUUGAUUCUGAUUGUCUGUCUGAUGUGGCCUGGUUUUGUCUUAAUAUGUUUCUGUCCUCUGCUAGAUGUUACUUAAUGCCGCCUGCACUGACCGAGGUCAGUGCAGGCGGCAUUAAAGGGACUCUAUAGUGCCAGGAAAACAAACCCAUUUUCCUGGCACUAGAGAAUUUCAUUAUCUAUUAUUUAUUUAUUUAUUUUAACUGACCCCACACAGAAUUACUGUCCGAAAAGAGUUCCAGGAAAUCAGGCUGUGUGGUCGGUCUAUUUCGGGGAUUCGUAGUAGCAUAUAAAAUACUAAACGUAUAGCUUCAGGAGUAGGCUUAGUUUAUGUCUCUCAUUUGGGAGUUUAUUCUUACUGAACGCUGUUCGAUUCCCAUUCGAAUAGUCGAACAGUGGAAGGCAUGUGGUUAGUGGUGUUCGUACCGUCGAGUGUCCGAUUUGAGUUCCGUGUACUCGACGACCAAACACCGCUCAUUGUGCCCGCAGCUUAAGAUGACUGCCACCCCGUGUUCGAAUGCCAGGCGACCACUUCGAACCGCUUCGGGAGUUCAAAGUUUAACCAUACAAGUCUAAAAGGCACAAACAGUGUCUUUAACCAAAGUCUAUUACAGGAACCAUAGUCACAGGGCAGGAGGCUGGCAAACAGGCUCCUCCAAAAGCCAGUGGCGAGGUUACUUUAGCCACAGAAAGAAUUAUUAAGUGUUUUCCUACGGGGAUUCCAGCGACACUGGAGGUUUCCACGCAUAUCGUGAGGACGUCCAGCGUCAUUUAGACAACCAAAUGUCUAAACUUGCAAGGUAAUUAUUGCAGUUUAUAAAAACUGCAAUAAUUACACUUGCAGGGUUAAGGGUGAUGGGAGUUGGGAGUUGGCACCCAGACCACUCCAAUGGGCAGAAGUGGUCUGGGUGCCUGGAGUGUCACUUUAAGGAACAACUAAAACCUAAAUUGUUACUUGAUUAUCAAUAGUAGUGCUCCUCAACCCUCUCCUCAAGGUACACCUAAUAGUCCAAGAUUUAGGGAUUACCCGUGUGUGUCUAAGGUGUUUAAAAAAACAAAACAACUAAAAACAAUUUAGACUCUAUGGUGUUUUUUUUUUUCUUUUUCUAAGCACUUUAGACACACCCGGGUAAUCCCUAAAUCCUGGACUGUUAGCUGUGCCUUGAGGAGAGGGUUGAGGAGCACUGUUUCUGACAUUGACUGAACUUUGCUCACUUCUUCAGUAGUUAUGGUGUAGCCCAUGAGCCAAAGUGAACCAUCACAAAUGCUGUAUGGAUACUGAAGGUCAUACGAUUAAUGGAAAAUAGCUAGAAAACUGUGGCGAAAGUGACCUCGCCACUGGUUUUUGGAGGGGCCUGUUUGCCAGCCUCCUGCCCUGUGACUAUAGCCCUGUGGUGAACUUUGGGCUAAAAACACAGUUUGUGCCUUUUUCCUUGCUAUGGUGCAGUAUAUGGGCCUUGUCGAAUGGAUAAGGCUUAUGGUGUUCAUUUACUGAACAAACUGACGAACAGCCAGACCACCCGCAAGUGGUGUGCGCUGCUUGUUAACCUCCCAGAAGUUGUGGUUAACCACAGCUUAAUUAACAAACGGCUGGGUGGUCAUCGUUCUUAUGCAUGAACACGUGGCGGCGGCCAUCUUAAACUGUCGAACGGCCAGCAGUGUUUUGUCGACGAGCGCAUGGAACUGUUUUAGCUGGAACUUCCAGCAAUUCGUUUCUUUUUCCUACGAAAGCAGCGGCUUUCGGUACAUUGAAGCACAUGAACAAGAGACACUGGAGAAUCAGAUACACAAACAGUCCUUUCGUUAUUUUAACUUGUUUCCCUGCCCCUGAAAUAGACCGGCCGACCCAGCUGAACUUAUGGAACUAUUCUGGGCAGUAGCCUCGUGGGCGGCCGGGCAGAAAUGUGACCUCCAGCUAACUUUAUAACCCCUGAACCGAUCUGGGUGAUUUUUAAGUAUGUUGUUCCCCCAGAUCGGGGUUAUCAGGAAAUGUAUGUUUUAUGGGGGUCUUCUAUGUUUUUAGGGUGAUUUCAGAAAUGUGUAAAAACUUGUAUUUUUCGUUUGGAGAUAAUUGAGUUGAUACAGUAAUUAACUCAAUUAUCUCCUAAACAGAAGGGAAGGAUUGUGUACACUGUAUGGGAGUGACUGAAUGUAAAACCCUGUUUCUAUUGGCUUGUUAAUCCUGUGUCCCUGUGCCCAACUAGGUCCACCUGGGUGUCACCCUUGUUGUAAAACUUGUAUAAAAGGCCAUCAAAGGCCAGUGUGCCCAUUAAACCUUGAGUUCCUGUUUUACUCUCAACAUAGAGUCUCUGUCUCAUGUGUGGGGGGAAAGGCUGCAUCUACCUUGGGGAUUGCUAUACCACUAUACUCCCCAGGGAUUAUAAUCAUUAAGCUCUUUUAAGAGCUGUUCCUGUUGUUUCCUUUUGGAGGAGAGGUUCCCCCCACUGGAAGCUGGAUCCUGAUCUUGGCACUGGGUCGGUGGAGGAUGGCGAGUCCCAGCCAAGUUGUAAAGCUGGACGUGGGGACUGCGGUGCUGAUGGUGUCUGAUGGAGUGCUUGGAGUCCUUGGGGAGCAGUAGGAGCAUCCAUCCGUGGAGGUACCCAACUGGGGUACAGGAAGCUCUGUUAUAAAGACAAAUAUGUAAGCAUUUUUUUUUUUAUAAUAAGUGGAGUUUUCCUGUUGGAAAUAUAUGUAAAUGUUAAAUGUACCAUCUGCGGGUGGUUUAAUGUAUGUUUAAUUUCCAGCUUUUGGACUGACAGCUAUGGCUCUGCUUUCACACUGUAUUUUGUAAUUUUUAUAAAUUUGUCAAGCAAACGUCUCCAGGGACAGGGUUUUGGAAGCAGGAAGCUAAAGUGGUUAUGGUGUCUCCUUUUAAAGGGGAGCCUCAAUUCAUAGGGUUUUUAAUAUGAUGUUUGCAUAUCUGUUAUAUGUAUUUGUUAUUUGUGCUCGGAAUUUAAUUGGUUAAAGAAUGUGUUAGAAGAUGGCUGAGGUGUGCCGAAACCAACGUAUGAGUACGCCUGUAAUAAAUAGAGGGCAAAUUGAUGAUGCAGGAAAUUGUGAUAUCAUUUUCAAAAUCUUUAAAUAUUGGAAAAUGGAAAAGAAAAUGGAAAAUCAGAUGGAAUAAAGGAUAGCACUAGUUAUAGGUGGUUUUCAAUGUUUUACUCAGUUGUGUAAAUCCUGAGAAGUGACACUUCCGUUUAUGUUGUGUAUGAAAUGACAGUAACACUUUCAUGAUGUGUCAUGUUUACCGGCUGCUCUUUCCUUAUCAGGGAGCUGGAUAGAGACAAGGCUACUGAAGAGAUAGCCAACUGAAGAGAUAUUUCUGUGACCUGACGGAAGAUGUUUAUUGAGUAACAUCCAGUUUAGAUGAAGAUGUUGAAUUUCUCAGAAACAGGAAAUAAACUCUGUGUUAAAGAGCAUGUGUUUCAGUAAAAGUGCAGCCUGCAGGUCCAUCUCACCCUAAGAAUACAUUGUUUGGCCUUUUGACAGUCAGAGGUUUAUUCGCUAAACAGGAAAUUGCUUAUUGAUUCACGUGGGGAGAAAAGGAACAAACAUAAUAGUGGCCACAAUAGAUAGAUGUCAGAACACACUGUGCAUUGCAGUUUGCUGCGUAUGGGGCUUCAUACCGCAGACCAGUCAGAGUCUGGUGGAGUGUGGAAGCUGGCCUCCUGCCAACUGACUAUGGUCCAGGUCUGAGACACUGUUUGGGACCUACCUUGCCCCCAUUAGCAGCUUUCCCUUGGUGCCCCUGGUUCGCCACUUUCCCAAAUGGAACCAAACACUAGCUCUCUGGCGGCUGUUCGCAUGAACCAAACCUAUGAAUAGUCCUCAGCGGUACUUAGCUGCGACCACUAUGGAACUAAUUUCGGCAUUGAGGACUUCAUGGGUUCUUGGUCACAUCAGCGGGACUUAGGCACGAAUGUUAUGGAUCCUUUUUCAGCAUGAGGUGACCGCGCAGUUCACUGACAACUUGGUUCGCAGUUUUGAACCACUUUAAAAUUCGCCAGGAGAGCGCUUUUUGGAGGGAUGGUGCCUGAGACUAAGGGGAACAAACGCUGCCUAAGAGCCAGGCAGAGCACCCCAUAUUGCGGCCGCAGGAGCUCCUGAAAUUUGACUGGCAAAAGCACCAAAUGCCCUGGAACUAUUUUCAGCACAGGACCACGUGUGUGGCCAGUCAGAACUUUAACACGGUGGCGUUUACCCUACACUGUAUGGAUCUGAGCGCUAUUUGGAGAAAUUGGCCAUUCAGAUCAGGGCUAUUUGUGGAGUUAUUGUAUGUUUUAUGAUGUUUUGGGGUGCUUUUAUGUUUUUUUUGUGGUUGGCUCUCUGUUCCUGUGAGAUAAUGAGCUUACCGGUCUUUAACGCAAUUAUCUCCCAGGCACAGAGAUUCCUGGAAGGGACUUGUCUUGAAUACAAUAGAACUGUGGUCUGUUCAUAAAAGGCAAAGUUUGGCUCAUUAAAAUCAGUUGCACUCCCAGAACUAUGUGUCGUCUAGUUACUGGGAGGGGAAAGGACUAAUCACUGUUCAGCACUUUGUUCCAGCUCGUGGAGGAUUCGGCGGCUAAAGUCCUUAUAAGGACCAGAGCUCCCAGGACUGUGUGUCAUCCAGUCCUUGAGAGGGAAUAGAGCUAGUCCUCUAUCCUGAUCCAGGAUGGAGAGGCUCCAGGAGGACCCCAGUCAAGCCACAGUGACUGGAGCACAGCUGGGCCUCCAGAAAAGAUGGACACAUUACAAGAAGCCCUGAUCCACGCGUAUGUCCUGUUCCGCCACCUUUCGCAUCGACUUGCUGGCUUGAAGAAUUCCCAUGCAGUGCUGAUCCUGGUUCUACCCAUAGCUGGCAUUAGGUGAUCCAGGACUUAUGGACUGAGCUGUACAACACUCCUGCUCCCUCAGUUUGCCAUUGGAAGCUCCUUCAAGAGAGAGGACCAUGCUGUUAUGUCAUUACCAACAAUGGUGCACUACUAUGACCUGUUGUUAAAUGUUAAUUGUUAUAUGUUAAUCUGCCUCAAUAGCCACUCGUGAUGCAUCACACCCUGACAUAUACUGCUCAAGCCUCUGUCUUAUAACAAAAACAGUGCAGUCUUAUCAUAUCCCAUGCAAUUCUUUUUUUGGAAAGGUUUGCCUAAGCUUGUUCUUGCUGUUGUGGCAUUGCAAGCAUGUUUGUAACCCUAAGCACAGACCAGAAAUAAAAAAUGACAAAAAAGAAAGAAUAAACAAUACAUUUUACAAACCCUGUACCUAUAAGGGGCACAGUGUGACUUAGACAUAAGAAUAUCCUGGGGACCUACAUCCAGUGUCCGUCUCCAGCCCCCAGUGAUGGUGACCGAUGGUGGACCGAUGGUGACAUUACAUAUCAAUAUAUUCUGAAUAUACGUGGAUGUCUUUAAUUCAAUAAAAAAAUGAUCAAACAAUGUUUUUGUUCUCUUGGCGUGAGUCAGUUAACUCCACAUUUUCUAAUGAAUUGUGAAGAUAAUGUGCUAAAUAAGAUACAGUAAAUAAAUCAUUUAAAAUGAUAUGAUUUAGAGCAGUGAAUUUUUAUUUUCGCUUCUUUUUUUUAAUUAACUUCUAUUUCUGUUGAAAUGUUUGCCUAGUAUUCAGCGGGAGAGCACGUAUUCCCUUAAUAGGCCCUUCCUAUUUGGUUUUUAUUCACAAAGACUUAUAAAGGAGAGCAAUAGCUUCUCUGAACAGGAUAAUUUCAUAUGAACUUAACAGUCUCAUAAAUACGAUGUUUUAUGGCCAUAAAAUGCAAUUUGAAAGAAAAGGCUUACCCAGUAAUUAAAUUUACUACAGACACAGUAAACCUCGCAAGAGGUAAUUAGGAAAAUACACGGCUGAUUCUCUUGAUGUUGGUGGAACAGCAAGUAUUGCUCAAACGACAUAUUCACCUGAGAGAAAGAAUCUUCUAAGCACGUAUUAGGGAUUUGUAAAAUAUGAAACUCUAUAUUACAUACAUUUAUUAUGUAGCACGUCAUGGAAAGUAAAUGUUGCUUGCAUGCUAAACUUGGUUAAUAUUAAAAUUCAUAACUAAGGAAUAUAUCAUAUAAUGACAUAGAUUGUAAGCUCAUCUGCCCAUAAUUUGGGAUGUUACUCUUUUUUUUCUCACUGAAAAAAGUUAACCUAAACCCCAAUGUACACUUUUAAAAUAGCAGAGAAGAGAUUUAUCAAGGCAAAACAAGAAGAUAAUCAGGGGCAAAGUGCUAAAUUAGGAGCAAUCUGUUAUUUAAACAUUUACAUUGGGAUAUGGGUUAGCAUGCAGAUAUUGUUUUUGUUUUGUAUACAGUGCGGCUGAAUACCAUAAUAUAUGUUCUUUCGUUAGAGUUUUUUUCCUUUGAGUACAACAAAGACGCUUGUCUAGAACAGGUGAUAUUCUAUCUAUGUAAAGAUAGGAAAACCAGUCUUUAAAAAUAUUUGCUUGUUGCAUUAUUAAAGGAACACUAUAGUCACCUAAAUCACUUUAGCUAAAUAAAGCAGUUUUAGUGUAUAGAUCAUUCCCCUGCAAUUUCACUGCUCAAUUCACUGUCAUUUAGGAGUUAAAUCACUUUGUUUCUGUUUAUGCAGCCCUAGUCACACCUCCCCUGGCUAUGAUUGACAACUGGUUUCACUUUCAAACAGAUGUAAUUUACCUUAAAUAAUUGUAUCUCAAUCUCUAAAUUGAACUUUAAUCACAUACAGGAGGCUCUUGCAGGGUCUAGCAAGAUAUUAACAUAGCAGGGGAUAAGAAAAUCUUAAUUAAACAGAACUUGCAAUAAAGAAAGCCUAAAUAGGGCUCUCUUUACAGGAAGUGUUUAUGGAAGGCUGUGCAAGUCACAUGCAGGGAGGUGUGACUAGGGUUCAUAAACAAAGGGAUUUAACUCCUAAAUGGCAGAGGGUUGAGCAGUGAGGCUGCAGGGGCAUGUUCUAUACACCAAAACUGCUUCAUUAAGCUAAAGUUGGUCAGGUAACUAUAGUGUCCCUUUAAGGUUUAGAUGCAGGUGAUGAGUUUUUGCAUGUUGUGGCUGAGUAUUGGUGUGUAUUCCUGUGUUGCCUUCUAUAUUAUUAGAGUAGGAUGAACAGGUAUAAAGAGAUUUUAUAUAAUGGCGGAGGAACAAUAUCGUACACACAUACAACACUUCUCUGCUUCGCGCUCUGGAGAAAAGGCGGCGCAAAAAAACCACGAAUUCACAGUAUUGUUAUUACUGGAGAAUUAUUCUAGAAUACCAUUAGCAUUCUCAAAUAAUAUCUCCACAAUGCCACCCAUAAUUAAACACCUCAAAUAUGUCAGCUAAAAUCAAAUUAUCAGCAAAUUCGAAAGUUCAGUUGGAUUUUCCUUGAGGUGCAACUGCAAAACCAGAUUGAUAGAUAGAACCCACUUUAGUUACUCAUCUUCUCUUAUUGCCUCCAAUGGAUGAUGGUCAGCGCAAUAAAAUCCCUGCCAGGUGUAUGUAGCCUUCAUGUUCUGAAGUGCUCAUAUUAACUCAGUAUGUGGGAGUACUAUGUCCAGGUAAUCUUUCUGGAUCUAGAAAGUCUAUGCUCAGAAUCCCCCUGUGUCUCCCAGCUGUACUGGCUACAAUAUCACUGUUAGUGCAGGUACUGAUAAGACAUUAUGAGAAGGGUAAAUGUAGAAUCACAUAGACUUUGUUAAUUUUAAAAAUAAAUUUUUGCACAAUGAAAAUGUAAACAGUCCAAUAAAUUGUGAUAUCUUUAAAGAGAAAUGUCCAUUUGUUUCUUUGUCGCUGUGUACUAAGCGCAACUCUUGCUAGGUUGCUUAGAAUGCUGCUCACAGUGUAUACAUUGUCAUCCUUAGGAAAUUACUGCUUCCUGUGUUAUACUCCAACAAUCUCACACACCGGUUCUCAGGGACACCGACAAAAAUAAAAUAAUAGCAUAUGACAGCGUGCGAAUAUUAACAAAACAGCUGGAAUACAAUGCCAAAGGUUUGACAAAGAUAAUGAACAAGGGUUAUUUACGUGGGUUGAUUCAUAUUUACCAGUAGAGAUUCGUACAAAGUCACUAGAAUGCAGAAAUAAUGACUGUGUAGGAGUAUACUACCUGCAUACAGCAAGUAUAAUUAUACCGAGUGUCUGUGCUGUACAGGACAUGUAGUGUGUAAAUAUAACCUAUAGUGUGCUCACCUCCUCCAUUCCUCUUUCCUCGCUACUAUAAUUAUUGUUAUUAUUUAUAAAGCGCCAACAAAUUCCGCAGCACCGUACAAUGGGAGGAUUAACCUACCACAGAUUGGUGCAUUAUGAGAGGAGGGCCAACUUCUACAGAAACGCAGAGGGACAUAAUUAGACAUUUACAGAGAAAUUGGUUUUCCUGCAGGCUGAUCGCCAGUGCUGGAGCACAGGGAAAGUAAAAUGUUGUUUUCAUUGAUUUAUUCUGCAAAAUGAAACAUAGCACGUGAAUGUGCACCGAUGGAAAGAAAGGGUUUAAUCAGUGGCGUACACAUGACCCAUGGGGCCCCGGUGCGAAAAUUGAUCCGUGGGCCCCCCCCCGCACGCGGGCCGGGCCGCAACACAUGGCGGUGGGCACCUGGUCGCAGGGGUUACAGGGAUGCGACCCCUGCGACCGCGGUAUGUACGCCAGUGCAUGCAGAUGCACACACACUUAAAGGACCACUCUAGAGAAACUGCUAUGUUUAUGAAUGGGUUAAGCCUUCCCCUAUUUCCUCUCGCGGCUGUCUCAUUGAUUUUCACAGUGAGAGCACGCCAGCGUCCAUAGGAAAGCAUUAUGAAUGCUUUCCUAUGUGAUCGGCUGAAUGCGCGCGCAGCUCUUGCCGCCCGUGCGCAUACAGCCGACGGGGAGGAGAAGAGGAGGAUCGGAGGAGGAGAGCUCUCUGCCCAGCGCUGGAAAAAGGUAAGUUUUACCCCUUUUCCCCUUUCCAGAGCUGGGCGGGAGGGGGUCCCUGAGGGACCACUACAGACACCCAGAUCACAUCAGCUCAAUGAAGUUGUCUGGGUGUCACGUCCCUCUAGUUUUAACCCUGCAGCUGAAAACAUAGCAGUUUCAGAGAAACUGCUAUGUUUCACUGAGGGUUAAUCCAGCCUCUAGUGGCUGUCUCACUGACAGCCGCUAGAGGAGCACACUGAACGUCCAUAGGAAAGCAUUGAGUAAUGCUUUCCUAUGGGCGAUUUGAAUGCGUGCGCGGUCGCAUUCAGAGCUGAGAGGCUGAGGGAUCCCCAGCGCCAAGGGAGUCCGGCGCUGGAGAAAGGUAAGUGCUGAAGACACACACACACUUACAGACGCAUACACACUAGCUAACAGACACACAUUUACUGACAGAGACACAGUCAGCGACAGACAUACAUACACUCUCAUUGACAAACACACACUCACUUACAGACAUCAAACAGACUCACUAACACACACACUCAGUAAGACACACACAGUAACACACUCACUGACACUAACUAGCAGACACACACACUAACACUCACUCUAACACUCACACACACUCAAACACUAACACUAGUUUUUUGUUUUUUUUAAAUGUAAUCCCCCCAGCCUCCUUACCUUUUGGAGUGCUGGGGGGGAUUCCCUGGGGUCCAGUGGUGCUGCUGAGCUCCUGGGCGGGUGGCCGGUCGGGCGGGCUGGCGGGCGCGCGAGGGAGCACUCAGCGCUUCCUCUUCAGCUCCCUCGCGCGCUGCGUAGGGAUGACGUCAUCUUCCGGCUCCGGUAUCAGUGCGCGAGGGAGCUGAAGAGAAAGCACUGAGUGCUCCCUCGCCCGCCUGCCCGCCCGACCAGCCACCCGCCCAGGAGUGUGUGUGUGACAGCAGGGCCAGCCUCGGGGGGGCCCUCGGGUGGUCGGCUCCUGGGCCCCCCAGGGGAAGAGGCUGGCCCUGUGGCUACAUACCGGGUCGCAGGGGCGGCCGGUCGCAGCCGCGACCCCUGCGACCCUGGUGUGUACGCCACUGGGUUUAAUGUUCUACAAGUACCGUGAGUUUCUUACAUAACACAUGAUAUAAAGUCCCUUUAAUUCAGGUGAAAACCUUUUCAAGCAGCACCGAUAUCUUAGAACAUGUUGGUAAACGAUGACUGAUCUGUUGUUUUUAUGUCUCCUUUCUGAAGGGUAUCAUCGCUGCCUAUAAAAACGGAGUGAGCAUUCAGGAAAAUGAUACCAGCCUGGAGACGUGGAGCUUUGCGGGAUCCUUCUUCUUCUCAGUAACCGCUAUAACAACAAUCGGUGCGUACGGAAUUAGCUCUGACCACAGCACUGACUCCAUCUGCCCAUGAAAGGCCGCGGAAGGUCUGCUCUCAAAUGUUUGUUGCUAGUAGACUUUCAUGUCAUACACCCCCUUGCUCUGUAAAACAAAAAGGAAUGCUAGAUCAUUUAACCUCUGCUUUUAUUUCUAGAGGCUCUAAAUAUUUACAUAUGUUACUGUCAUUUUUGUUUAGAUCCUGAAUUUGUUGUCCACGGAACCUUGUAAGGACAGCACUUCAUCUCAUAUUUACCGUUAUUGGGUGGAAUGGAUGAAUGAUCAGUAUAUAUUUACCAGUGUGGGUGGAAUGGAUGAACGAUCAGUAUAUAUUUACCAGUGUGGGGUGGAAUGGAUGAAUGAUCAGUAUAUAUUUACUGGUGUGGGUAGAAUAGAUGAAUGAUCAGUAUAUAUUUACCGGUGUGGGUGGAAUGGAUGAAUGAUCAGUAUAUAUUUACCGUUAUUGGGUGGAAUGGAUGAAUGAUCAGUAUAUAUUUACCGGUGUGGGUGGAAUGAAUGAAUGAUCAGUAUAUAUUUACCGGUGUGGGUGGAAUGGAUGAAUGAUCAGUAUAUAUUUACCGGUGUGGGUGGAAUGGAUGAAUGAUCAGUAUAUAUUUACCGGUAUGGGGUGGAAUGGAUGAAUGAUCAGUAUAUAUUUACCGGUGUGGGUGGAAUGGAUGAAUGAUCAGUAUAUAUUUACCGUUAUUGGGUGGAAUGGAUGAAUGAUCAGUAUAUAUUUACCGGUGUGGGUGGAAUGAAUGAAUGAUCAGUAUAUAUUUACCGGUGUGGGUGGAAUGGAUGAAUGAUCAGUAUAUAUUUACCGGUGUGGGUGGAAUGGAUGAAUGAUCAGUAUAUAUUUUCCGGUAUGGGGUGGAAUGGAUGAAUGAUCAGUAUAUAUUUACCGGUAAGGGGUGGAAUGGAUGAAUGAUCAGUAUAUAUUUACCGGUGUGGGUGGAAUGGAUGAAUGAUCAGUAUAUAUUUACCGGUGUGGGGUGGAAUGGAUGAAUAAUCAGUAUAUAUUUACCGGUGUGGGUGGAAUGGAUGAAUGAUCAGUAUAUAUUUACCGGUAUGGGGUGGAAUGGAUGAAUGAUCAGUAUAUAUUUACCGGUGUGGGGUGGAAUGGAUGAAUGAUCAGUAUAUAUUUACCAGUGUGGGUGGAAUGAAUGAAUGAUCAGUAUAUAUUUACCGGUGUGGGUGAAUGAAUGAAUGAUCAGUAUAUAUUUACCGGUGUGGGUGGAAUGGAUGAAUGAUCAGUAUAUAUUUACCGGUGUGGUGUGAAAUGGAUGAAUGAUCAGUAUAUAUUUACCGGUGUGGGUGGAAUGGAUGAAUGAUCAGUAUAUAUUUACCAGUGUGGGUGGAAUGGAUGAAUGAUCAGUAUAUAUUUACCGGUGUGGUGUGGAAUGGAUGAAUGAUCAGUAUAUAUUUACCGGUGUGGGUGAAUGAAUGAAUGAUCAGUAUAUAUUUACCGGUGUGGGGUGGAAUGGAUGAAUGAUCAGUAUGUAUUUACCGGUGUGGGUGAAUGAAUGAAUGAUCAGUAUAUAUUUACCGGUGUGGGUUGAAUGGAUGAACGAUCAGUAUAUAUUUACCGGUGUGGGUGGAAUGAAUGAAUGAUCAGUAUAUAUUUACCGGUGUGGGUGAAUGAAUGAAUGAUCAGUAUAUAUUUACCGGUGUGGGGUGGAAUGGAUGAAUGAUCAGUAUAUAUUUACCGGUGUGGGUGGAAUGGAUGAAUGAUCAGUAUAUAUUUACCGGUGUGGGUGGAAUGGAUGAAUGAUCAAUAUAUAUUUACCGGUGUGGGGUGGAAUGGAUGAACGAUCAGUAUAUAUUUACCGGUAUGGGGUGGAAUGGAUGAAUGAUCAGUGUAUAUUUACCGGUAUGGGUGGAAUGGAUGAAUGAUCAGUGUAUAUUUACCGGUGUGGGUGGAAUGGAUGAAUGAUCAGUAUAUAUUUACCGGUAUGGGGUGGAAUGGAUGAAUGAUCAGUAUAUAUUUACCCGUGUGGGUGGAAUGGAUGAAUGAUCAGUAUAUAUUUACCGGUGUGGGGUGGAAUGGAUGAACGAUCAGUAUAUAUUUACCAUGCUGCUUUAUGUGCUAUACGCGUUCGGUGUUUUAGUGUUCUUUAAUAAGUCCACCAGGGGGCAGCAUUUCUCUUUAUGAAAUAAUCUACAACUUUCAUUCUUGCCACCGUGAAGCUUAGUCAGGUCCAUGCAGUUGGCUAGGAGUAUGAUAUUAAGGCAAGAGGUCAUGUGAUACUAGGAGUAUAAUAAUAAGGCAAGAGGUCAUGUGGUACUAGGAGUAUAAUAAUAGGGCAAGGGGUCAUGUGAAGUGGUGCCUUUUUAGGUUAUAUCCAUUUCUUUGAACAAACAAAAUAAUCUUUCUACACAGCUGUGUUUUUCGUGGACUUUGAAAAACAUGAUUUUGUUCAUUUUGUGCUGUAUAUUUCAUGUAUUUGAUAAAUAUUACAAGAUUGUUUUAUAAACUGACAAGUAAACAUUCUAUAAUGGUCAGAAAAUACCAUCUUUACUUAUUUCGGUUUUAUCCUGCUAAGUAUAGUGAUCCUCUUUCUUAUGAUUCGCUGUAGCCAUUUUAAUUGUGGUUUUCUACACACACAUAUAUACACACACACACACACACACACACACACACACACACACACCUCUGUGGGCUAAUGCAUCAGCACUUCAAUCUGUUCAACUCUUGGUUGCAGAUUCAAAUCCUUGCAGGGUCAACUCAGCUCUUCAUCCUUCCGAGGUAGAUAAAAUGAGUACCAUGUGAUUGGGUAAUAGUAACAUCCCCAGGAUGUACUUGGAAACCAGAGUAAUCUGAAUGUACCUUUCCUGGUUAAAUACUUUGUUAUUAUUAAAGCUGCAACUCUUAAGGAGCUUAUCAAGCAGCCCCUAGUGGGCACCUGUGGAACUACAGUCUGCUCACUGCACUUAAACAGUUAGUGGUUCUAGGUUAUUCAUAUUUCAAAAUAAUUUUGUAUUCACACAUUACACUGUGUUUACGUGAAUAUGGCUUUUUAUAUUGCUGUUACAUCAAUCAAUAUAGGUAGAAUUUGUGUUAUUUUUAAAUACUGAUUUACCAUUUUCCAUUAAAAAUAAAAUGCCCCUAACCAGUGGUUACUAAUUCCAGUCAUCUACGUAUAGGUUGCAUUACAACUCCUAGUAUUCUGAGCCAGCGUCACACAAACUUUGGACACCCCAGCCUUAUUGAUGGAUUAAGGUGUUCACCCCAAUUUUUUAUUAAUUAUAAUUAUCAUAAUUGGAUUUUCCGUAGUACAACACAUCAUUGAUAGACACGCUUAGUAACAAUAAUACCAUUUUUGGUCACUCCGAUAAACCCCCUCCUACUGUCAGGUCUAAAAACUUUUAAAACGUUACCAUUGUACAGAGCUACGGAAUCUGAUGGCGCUAUAUAAAUAAUAAAAUAAUAAUAAAAUAAUAACACUUUAUAAAGAAUGAGAAAGUAACCACGAAUGUGGGAUCUGGUGCAUGCAUGUUGCAAAGUUUGAAAAAAAGAUUCAGUCAGAAACAGAAGGCAAUAUGAACACAACUUUAUCAUUAAGACAUUUAAAAAUAAACAGCUAAACAUUUGUUUUUGGGAAGUUCUGCCAGCAUCCGACACAGAUUGUGCAGUAAUUCAUGUGCCAAGCCAGUUACAGUAUGUGUUUAGUACCAUUCCUGUAGGAACAUGCUGCCACCUAGUGUUUGAAUUGGGCACAGAUGAACAGGUGUACUUGAAAAUGGCUCACUGUCCCUUUGCUGAUUUUAUUCAGGACUUUAUUAUGAAACAAAUAUAUAUAUGGCACAAUUCUUAGUGAAACAACAAGGAAUCCAUGUUUGGAAAAACUGGAAAGAGAUUAAAUCGAUUUUAUUUGUUUUAAACAAAAUAAUUGUUUUGUAAACAUUUUAUUUUCUGGAAUGCCAACAUAUUUUAAAAUUGUGUCCAUUUACAUAAAAAAAUUUUUUAUUGGGCCGGUGUUCAGUAUAAUGUUCUUGUAACAGCUUACGAAUAAGCACAGUAUAUGCUCUAGUACUGGCAAACCUUGGAGUGCCAGUCUUAUUUUAUGAAAUGGUUGUGUUUGUUGCCGUAUUCUGUUUGUGUUGUUUAUGGGUGCUGCUGUUACUUUGUAGCAAUGCCUUUGUGUGUCUGUGGGCUGUUACAUUGUAUAUUUUCAUGAGUAGUUUGUGGUAUUGUGUAAUGAUACCAUGUAUGGGGGCUACUUGUGUAAUUGUGUAUGUGUGUUAUAUGUCACAUGGUGUAUAUAUGUGUGGGGUAGCUUGUGGUAUUGCAUGUGAGAGGCUGUUUGUGGGGUUGGGUGCGUGUAUAUGGAUUGUCAGUGGUGUUGUGUUUGGGGGGACUGUGAAUGGGCUGUUUGUAUUAUAUAUUGGGGGGCUUAGUCUGCAGCUCAGUGUAUAUCUAGCUGUGUGGGUGGUUUCCCUGGGGCCCCAGUGGGGACCAGGCUGGCCAGGUACAGGUCAAGGACCGGAGCUGCAAUAACUGCUGCGGGCUGCUCUACUCCAGAUUCCCAUUCACAAGUGCUGAGAGGAAGUGAUCUGAGAUCACUUCUGGUAAGUGCUGCAAUGCAUAUAGUGAGGAUUGUCUAUCACCACCUGCUCGGUUUGCACGAGCAGAGGUCUGAAAUCCCACAGGGACUGCUGAUAGGCCUGAGCCUGUUUGGAUCUGGCAGGCUUGAGUGCGAUGCAAAGACACCUCGAGUACCGUGCAUGGCACACAUGUCAUAGGUUGCUGACCCCCCACUCUAGUUCAAUUGAAAUACUCAAAUACCAUCUUAUCAGUCAUUUUAAAAGGACAAGCUAGCCAAUAGGAAAAAAAAUUUUUUAAUACAGAUAAUGUGCUAAAAAUGUGCAAAGUAAUGUAAAAAAAAUGUAUGCCGACCUAUGAAGAUACCGUGUUUCAUUUGCAAGGGCAAAUCUAAAAUUUAGAUUCUGGUGACAUCUGGCAAUGUGGAAAAAGUGUUGUGACAGUAUGUAUAUCACUGUAUUAAGAAUUCCAGGAUAAUGUGACCAGUAGCACUCUGCGUGUGGACAUCCCUGGUUCAAUGCAAUGUUGGGUGAGCCUGGUACCUAUGUGACCAGUAGCACUCUGCGUGUGGACAUCCCUGGUUCGAUGCAAUGUUGGGUGAGCCUGGUACCUAUGUGACCAGUAGCACUCUGCGUGUGGACAUCCCUGGUUCGAUGCAAUGUUGGGUGAGCCUGGUACCUAUGUGACCAGUAGCACUCUGCGUGUGGACAUCCCUGGUUCGAUGCAAUGUUGGGUGAGCCUGGUACCUAUGUGACCAGUAGCACUCUGCGUGUGGACAUCCCUGGUUCGAUGCAAUGUUGGGUGAGCCUGGUACCUAUGUGACCAGUAGCACUCUGCGUGUGGACAUCCCUGGUUCGAUGCAAUGCUGGGUGAGCCUGGUACCUAUGUGACCAGUAGCACUCUGCGUGUGGACAUCCCUGGUUCGAUGCAAUGCUGGGUGAGCCUGUUACCUAUGUGACCAGUAGCACUCUGCGUGUGGACAUCCCUGGUUCGAUGCAAUGCUGGGUGAGCCUGGUACCUAUGUGAUCAGUAGCACUCUGCGUGUGGACAUCCCUAGUUCGAUGCAAUGCUGGGUGAGCCUGGUACCUAUGUGAUCAGUAGCACUCUGCGUGUGGACAUCUCUGGUUCGAUGCAAUGCUGGGUGAGCCUGGUACCUAUGUGAUCAGUAGCACUCUGCGUGUGGACAUCCCUGGUUCGAUGCAAUGCUGGGUGAGCCUGGUACCUAUGUGACCAGUAGCACUCUGCGUGUGGACAUCCCUGGUUCGAUGCAAUGCUGGGUGAACCUGGUACCUAUGUGAUCAGUAGCACUCUGCGUGUGGACAUCUCUGGUUCGAUGCAAUGCUGGGUGAGCCUGGUACCUAUGUGACCAGUAGCACUCUGCGUGUGGACAUCCCUGGUUCGAUGCAAUGCUGGGUGAGCCUGAUACCUAUGUGAUCAGUAGCACUCCGCGUGUGGACAUCCCUGGUUUGAUGCAAUGCUGGGUGAGCCUGGUACCUAUGUGACCAUUAGCACUCUGCGUGUGGACAUCCCUGGUUCGAUGCAAUGCUGGGUGAGCCUGGUACCUAUGUGAUCAGUAGCACUCUGCGUGUGGACAUCCCUGGUUCGAUGCAAUGCUGGGUGAGCCUGGUACCUAUGUGACCAGUAGCACUCUGCGUGUGGACAUCCCUGGUUCGAUGCAAUGCUGGGUGAGCCUGGUACCUAUGUGACCAGUAGCACUCUGCGUGUGGACAUCCCUGGUUCGAUGCAAUGCUGGGUGAGCCUGGCACCUAUGUAUGACAGAAUGAGCAUGCUUUGAUGAGAAUUGCGUCAAUAGCAUGAACCCCACUCUAUUCCUAGAAUCAUCCUUUGCCCUCCUGAUAGUCUCUUGUUUUCAAAAGUUGAUGAUAGUAUGCUGUACCUGAUGUAUGUAAUUUCCCUUUGAGCUCUUUACAACCACUAAGUAGAGAAGGAUGUGGCUUCCAAAAUUUGUCUUGGAGGACAUGAGAAUAUGAUGGCUGGUGAUGGAAGCUACUUGCUCUGGCUGGUGGUUUCCAUUCAUUGCAAUGUGACAUGGACAUAGAAAGUUCACAUGAAAAUCUAUAUAAAUAUUAUUCCAUGAAACGCGUUAUCUGCCUGUAUGUCCUUUGUUUUCCCAUUUCACGCUGUGAUGUGUAAGAGCUAAACUUGUUGUAUAGCUUCACUAAUUCCUUCAUUAUGUUAAUGUUUGGACAGUAACAUGUAAACCUAUGUUUCAAUGUUACUGUAAAAGUACUCUUCUGUUUUCUUUAUAAAGGUUACGGGAAUAUUAGUCCAGCGACUGUGGGCGGUCGGAUCUUCUGCAUUUUCUUCGCUCUGUUUGGGAUUCCACUGAACUUGAUUCUUCUGAAUCGAAUUGGGCAGAGAAUGCUCUCCGCAGUGCACAAAUGUGCAAAUCUACUAGAGGAAAAAAUUCAUCAGCAGGUAUUGACUUGACAAAAUGUUUAAUUUACUGCGCUGGUGUCUUGUAAUCAUUUUAUUAACUGGAGUAGUGGAUAACUGGAUUAAUAUAUAAUCGCCAUUAAUAUUGAUAUCUAUUAAAAAGUGUGUGAUUAUAUAAUAAAACUUGUGUUUCUUUUGUUUUGUUUAUGAUAUAAAAGACAGCAAAGAUCUUGGCGUAUUUCUUUGCGCUUGUGAUGGGUCUCCUGCUGUUCUUCCUGCUUCCACCGAUACUCUUUAAAGGCAUCGAAGGAUGGACGUACGAGGAAGGAUUUUACUAUGCCUUCAUCACCCUCAGCACAAUAGGCUUUGGAGACUACGUAAUCGGUGGGUAUCCUGAAUGUACAGGAAAAUGCUUCGAGGAAGGGGAGAAAUACAGUGUAACGUUUUCAAUACUGAGUAAAAAGAGGUUAGAUUGACAUUCUUAGCACUUUUACAGUUUUGUGUAUAAGCAGUUGGUCAGGAAUACCAGAAAAUAUGAGAAUUAAAAUGUGAAAUUUACAUUUGAUAUAAUGAUUUUAUGAUUUAGACAGUAUAUAAUGUUAUAUGGUGUUUGUAUCUUCAAUGUUUCAGACAGGUUAUACAUUAUAAGUAUAGAACAGAAAUACCAUUUAUAUCCAAUGUUGAAUGUGGGACAAAAUCUAAAUGAAAUAGGGAUAUAUAUGUAUCAUAUUCACACAUAUCUAAAUCACACUUGGCACCUUGUUGGCCAGGACAGCGAAGGAGGGUUGUGAACAAGGACUUGCAGGAGGUGGCACAAUUAGCUUUUACUGGCUCCAUAUGUAAAGGGGGAUGCCAUUCAGAUAGAUAUGGGUCCUGUGUGCCAGGCUGUCUGGUGAGGUGACCGAAACUAAGGCUGCCCAUACCUACUGAAAUGCUUAGUCCUCUAAUUCUCCUCUACUGCAUAGCGAGCACAAGUAGAUGUGUGAUAGUGCUAAAUCCUGCUCCUGCAGUCUAACUGCUCAAAUCUCUGCUAUUUAGGAGUUUAAUCACUUUUGUUGCUGGUUAUGCUGCCCAAACCACACCUCCCCUGGCUGUGACUCACGCAGCCAAUGUGAAAAUAAUUGUUUAAUUUACUUUAGAAGUUCUUAUCUCCUUCUCUGUUAAUUGACCUUUAAUCACACACCUGCAGGCUAUUAACAGAUUAGGGUCCAAGAAAUUCUAAAUUAAACAAACUGUCCAAUAAAGGAAGUUUGAACACUAGAUCUCUCUUUACAGAAAUAGUGUAGAGUGUAGGUCACAGCAGGGGUGUGUGACUAGGGCUGCAUAAACAAAGUGAUUUAACUCCUAAAUGGCAGAGAAUUGAACAGUGAGACGGCAGGGGCAUGAUCUAUACACCAAAACUGCUUCACUAAGCUAAAGUUGUUUUGGGGACUACAGUGUCCUUAUAAAUUAUCAUAGUUACAUAGCUGAAAAGAGACUUGCAUCCAUCAAGUUCAGCCUACCUCACAUUUGUUUUUUUGCUGUUGAUCCAAAAGAAGGCAAAAAAACCCAGUUUGAAGCACAAUUUUGCAACAAGCUAGGAAAAAAAUUCCUUCUUGACCCCAGAAUGGCAGUCAGAUUUAUCCUUGGAUCAAGCAGUUAUUACCCUACAUUGAAAGAUUAUAUCCUUGAAUAUUCUGUUCUUGCAAGUAUGCAUCUAGUAGCCAUUUGAACAUCUGUAUGGACUCUGAUAAAACCACUUCUUCAGGCAGAGAAUUCCACAUCCUGAUUGUUCUUACAGUAAAAAAACCUUUCCUUUGCCUUAGACGAAAUCUUCUUUCUUCCAGUCUAAACGCAUGGCCUCGUGUCCUAUGUAAAGUCCGGUUUGUGAAUAGAUUUCCACACAAUGGUUUGUAUUGGCCCCGAAUAUAUUUGUAUCAUGUUAUCAUAUCCCCUCUCAGGCGACGUUUUUCUAAACUAAAUAGGUUUAAAUUUGUUAACCUUUCUUCAUAGCCGAUAUGUUCCAUUCCUUUUAUUAGUUUUGUAGCCCGCCUCUGCACUUUUUCUUGUGCCAUAAUAUCCUUCUUUAGAACAGGUGCCCAAAAUUGCACAGCAUAUUCAAUAUGGGGUCUUACCAGUGAUUUAUAAAGAGGCAAAAUUAUAUUCUUGUCCCAAGAAUGAAUGCCCUUUUUCAUGCAUGACAAUACCUUACUGGCCUUGGCCACUGCUGAUUGACAUUGCACAUUGUUGCAUAGUUUGUUGUCUAUAACAAUUCCCAAGUCCUUUUCAUGUGUUGUUAUCCCUAAUUCGCUUCCAUUAAGGGUAUACGUUGCUUGUGUAUUCUUUACGCCGAAGUGCAUAACUUUGCAUUUUUCAACAUUAAAUUUCAUCUGCCAUUUGAGUGCCCAGUCCAUCUAAAUCCCUCUGCAGCAAAGUAAUAUCUUGCUCACAUUGUAUUAUUUUACAAAGUUUUGUGUCAUCUGCAAACACUGAAACAUGACUUUCAAUGCGGUCUUCAAGAUCAUUUAUAAACAUGUUAAAUAGAAGAGGUCCCAGAACAGACCCCUGAGGGACACCACUUGCUACCUCUGUCCAGCUUGAAAAUUUAAUGACAAAUCUUUGUACUCUGUUUUUAAGCCAAUGUUCUACCCAAGAACAAACAUUUUCAUCUAGACCGAUUUCCUUGAGUUUGAACACUAAUCUAUUGUGUGGAACUGUAUCAAAUGCCUUGGCAAAAUCCAAAUAGAUCACAUCCACUGGAACACCCUGAUCUAUACUUCUACUUACUUCUUCGUAGAACGCAAUCAAGUUAGUUUGACAUGACCUGUGCUUCAUAAAACCAUGCUGAUUUUUGCUGAUAACCAUGUUGUUCUCAAGGAAUUCUUGAAUAUUAUCCCUUAAUAACCUUUCAAAUAUUUUCCCAGCCACAGAAGUUAAGCUCACAGGUCUAUAAUUUCCAGGCAAAGAUUUUGAACCCUUUUUGAAUAUAGGAACCACAUCUGCCUUCCUCCAAUCCUGCGGAACACUUCCUGAAAGAAAAGAAUCUUGAAAGAUUAAAAACAGAGGUUCACUUAUUUCUGCACUUAGUUCCUUAAGUACAAGUGGAUGGAUACCAUCAGGCCCUGGAGCUUUGUUUAUAUUAACUUUCUUUAGUUGCUACAGCACCUUGUCUUGAGUUAACCAAUUACAAUUAUUCUGCAAGUUUUUAGUAGCAAUCAUUUGCACAGUAGAACUAGUAGUCAGCAUUAGAAGAUGAAUGUCAGUUCUGCUCCUGAUGCUGUGUGUCGUCCAGUCAUUGGGAUCUGUAUGGGGAUAUUCGUGAAUUACCUUGCUUGUUAGAAUUAUUACUUCAUGGGAUUUUUCAUCACUUGUUCCUGAGCCUCACUGGGAUCUUAGUGGAGUUAACCUGUGAAAUACCAGGCAUCCGCUACAGAAGACAUUAUCUCUAUUCAGAUCCACUUGUAGUGUACUUGAAACAUUCGUGUAAUAGGUUGAUUGUGUUAGUUACUGAUGUCCUGUUUAUGGUAACAUGUCACAUGUCUGUAUUUUCCUUUAGGGCGGGUUCCAGAUAAACAAUAUCCUGGCUGGUACAGGAAUGUGGUGUCCGUAUGGAUUCUCCUUGGCAUGGCGUGGCUGGCGUUAGUUAUAAACCUCUGUAUAAGCUUACUGGAGAGUUACAGUGAGGUGAUCCACUGCUGCAGAAAGAAGGAGAAUAAAGUGAUGGACUCAGAGCUCAUGGACAUUGUCCACGGAGGAAGUAUGCCGACUGCACCAAAAGAGAAAGCGGAUAUAAAGGACACAUUGGCUGCACUAAAAGAAAAAGAGGACAUGAAGGACGCACUGCCUAUGCUAAAGGAAAAAGAAGAAGUAAGGGACACAGCUGCGAUAAAGGAGAAAGAGUACAUGCUUAGUGUUAUUGAUACAAAACUAGAGUCUCCAGACUGAGAGGCUUGCACGGACGGUUGUACAAUCAUAAUUUAGAAAAAAAAAAACUUAAUGGAAAAGGAUCAAGGAUUUUUAUUAGACAAACAUUGGAUAUGUGAAUGGGGCCAGGAAAUUCCACUCAUCUGAACAAAAGCCAAGCAGCAUAUGAUCGAAGCCAGGAUCCAGAGCUUCAGAAACGCUAUCGACGUAGUCCAGCGCUCUUAAGAAACUAUAUUUUAUCCAUGUUAAUCAUCUUUCAUACAGAUCAAAAAAACACACCGGUGAUAAGAAUAUCAGUUAGUUUGACAUAACUUAUGUAAUUAUUGCCAAAUGAAGGCACCAAACAAGUUCAUUAGCAGAAGGACCUCUUCUUCUGGCAGAUCUUGUGUUGAAUUCCACCAAGAAAGAGAUAAGUAUGGUUCCAGUUUCUCCUGAUCAUCUGAUUGUUAUCAUCCAGAAGAUGAAGAAUGAUAAGCAGCACAAAGGAUUAUCUACAGUAAACACAAUUGUUAUUUCACUGUAAGAUAACACUCGCUUGUGGCUUGGUAAUGACACAAGUGGAGUGUUUGCCCGGGAUUCAGAGAGUGACUUAAUAUUAUAUAUUGUUUACACAUUUUUUAUAUUUUCUACUACUUGAAAUAUAUUGACUUUAUGCAGCAAGUCAGCCAAUGUCGUAUUUCUCUUUUCUAUGAUUUUUGUAUAAGCUGUAAUUGUUUGAAAUAACACAGGCUGUUUCCAUUGAUGCUUUGACAAAGGGAAUUUCCAGUUAUUGUGUCAUCAGAACUGAGAAUGUCCAUUAUAAAAUGAUGGCAAAAGGUGAGUUAUAACACCAUACAGUGCUCAAACUAGAAACAUGGCAAUGGCAACUCGGCACCAAAUGCAAUGCAAAGUAUUAUAACAAUAAACAAUCCAGGGUGUAAUAUUUAAAUAAUGUCCUCAGGGGGAUUCUCAGCAUGUGCUCUGACUCAACAAUUAUCACCGGAAACACAAGGAAUGGGAUAUGAUAGUGUGUCAGCAGGGGAUGCAGAUGCAUGGACCACUAGGGAAUGUAUGCCAGCCAGCAGCAGCACACCCUGGUCCACCAGACUAGGCAGUAAACGCUCUGUACAAAUAAUGGAGGCAGGGUUGCAGGCGGGUUACAGGGAUAGACAGUAAAAGCAUGCAAUCCAAGACCACAGGAGAGAAACUCUGUCAUUAAAUGUAUUGUUAAUGCAUCUGUGCAUAUGUGUCAGUGUCUGUGUACCUCAGUGUAUGUAUAUGGGCAUGUCUGUCACUGUUUGUGUGUCAGUGUAUGUAUCUGUACAUGUGUGUCAGUUUUUGUGUUUGUCAGUGUAUGUAUAGGUGCUUUUUGUGUUAGUGUUUGUUUGUAUCUGAGCAUGUGUGUGAGUGUUUAUGCGCAUCAGUGUAUGUAUCUGUGCAUAUGUGUCAGUGUAUGCAUCUGUACAUGUGUGUCAGUUUUUGUGUAUCUAAGUGUAUGUAUGGUUACAUAUGUGUCAGUGUUUUGUGUGUCUCGGUGUUUGUAUCUGUGCUGGUGUGUCAGUGCCGGUCAUUUUAUGCAUAUGUGCACGUUUGUCAGUGUUAUGUGUGUGGCAGUGUAUGUAUCUGUGCUUGUGUGUCAGUGUAUGUAUCUGUAUAGGUGUGUCAGUGUUUUGUGUGUGUCAGUGUAUGCAUCUGUAUAUGUGUGUCAGUGUUUGUGUGUCAGUGUAUGUCCGUUAAUGCAUCUAUUCAUAUGUGUCAGUGUCUGUAUGUAUCAAUGUAUGUAUCUGUGCAUGUGUGUCACUGUUUGUGUGUCAGUGUAUGGAUCUGUGCAUAUGUGACAG